AUGGGGACCGCAACGCUGGCUUCGCCGCUUGCGCGGCUCCACGCUACCGUGGCUCUGUCGUACGGCUCCGAGAGACGAGCGAUAAGCUUGUCAUCCGUCGCCUGUUCGUCGUCGCAGGCGUCGUUCUUCAGCGGAAGCGGCGGGACGAGAAGCGCCUUCCUUUCCGCCUCCAGUCGUGGAGCGGAGAGGCGGAGGGGGAAUGCGCUCGUGGUCCGCGCAGAUGCGGACUACUAUUCAGUGCUGGGAGUGGAGAAAAACGCGGACAAGUCACAAAUAAAGAGCGGUACAACCCCCAUCAACCAUCCCAUCCCUCAGGAGUUCAACAACCCAUUUGACCUCUUUGAAACGUUCUUUGGAGGGCGAAUGGGCGGCAUGGGCGGAAUGGGCGGGAUGGGGGGGAUGGGAGCCCGACGCACAGCACCUGUACAAGGGGACGAUGAGAGGUACGAUCUGACGAUCGACUUCCUGGAGGCUGUGUUUGGCGCCGAGAAGCAGAUAGACGUGUCGCGCAUGGAGGCCUGCGGCACGUGCAAGGGCACGGGGGCCAAGCCAGGCACCACACCCACCACGUGCUCCCAAUGCAACGGCCAGGGGCAGGUCGUAUCUGUGGCCAACACCCCGCUGGGCAUGUUUCAGCAGGUCACCACGUGCCCGCGGUGCGGCGGCAGCGGGGAGAUUUCCACUCCUUGCAGCACGUGCAGUGGAGGGGGACGUGUGCGCAAGUCCAAGCAGGUCACUUUGAAGGUGCCAGCAGGGGUGGACAAUGGCAGCAGGCUGAGAGUGCGAGGCGAAGGCGACGCGGGCCUAAGAGGCGGCCCUCCCGGCGACCUCUACGUGUUCCUCUCCGUCCGCCCCGACCGUGAGCUCGAGCGCAAGGGCGCUGACAUUCUCCAAACCCUCAAAGUCUCAUAUCUCGAAGCCAUUCUUGGCACCACCAAGCAGGUCCGGACGGUUGAUGGUCCGGUGGAUCUGAAAAUCCCUGCAGGGACUCAGCCGGGGAGUACGCUGGUGAUGGCGAAGCGCGGCGUGCCGGUGCUGGGGAAACCGAACCUGCGCGGGGACCAUCUGGUGAAGGUUCAGGUGGAGAUUCCGAAGAGCUUGUCGGGAGAGGAGAGGAAGCUGAUCGAGCAGCUGGAGGAGCUGAGCAAAGCCAAGGCUGGGUCACGGUGA